AUAAGCGAAAUGAGUGGCAAAGCCGACGAGGGCUGUGUAAGCCUCGCAGUUCUUUCUGGGUCUCUUUCAAGUGUGAUUGAAAGGAAAAGUGGUUGCUACUCUGCAUUUUUAGUGCAUUACUUAAUCAAUUAUCUCUCCACUCUUCCCGCUGUUACUGACCCGUGCCAGAUUGAUAAUUGCGCCUUUGUUGGUGCACCUCAUUACAAUAUCAAACACAAGACACAGUGGCGUAGUGAGGUCGGAUGAUUCAUGCUGAUUGUGAUUCAAAUCAAACUAGAUAUGAAUGAGUUGUGGAUAUUUUCACAUUGAUUUAGAGCAAGCUGCCUAAAAACCAGUACUCAAGAGGUAUUUAGAGAAGGAAAUCUCAUAGGAAAGCUCGCAAUAAGAGGAAGUAAUGGAGCGGAAGAGGAGCGAGAAGGAGAUUGAGGAGGACCUGGCGGCUCAGGAGCCGCUCAAGGGACAAGAUGGCGAGAAGAAGGCCGUCGGGUUGCAGAGAGAACUGGGCUUGCUGGCGGCCGUGAACAUCAUCAUAGGCGUGAUGAUUGGCUCGGGCAUUUUUGUCUCCCCGACGGCGGCCCUCAAAUACUCAGGCAGCGUGGGGAUGUGCCUGGUGGUGUGGGCGGUGUGUGGUGUAAUUUCCUUAAUCGGUGCCUUGUGCUUCGCCGAGCUCGGAACUGUCGUUCCGCGCUCCGGAGCGGAGUACGCUUACCUGCUGGAAUCCUUCGGGCGUCUCCACAAAUUCUGGGGUCCACUGCCGGCCUUCAUAUGCGCCUGGAUCUACGUGGUGGUGCUCCGACCAGCAGAAAUAGCCGUAAUCAUGCUCACAUUCGCCGAAUACUCCAUCCAGCCACUCAGAGACGUCCUGGGGCUGAGCAGGAUGAGUACGGAGGAUGAGGAGUUGUUUGUGAAAUUAAUAGCAUUCCUGGGCCUCGGUGUCAUCACUUAUAUCAACAUGGUGAGCGUGAAGCUGUAUGUGAGCAUCAACAACAUCUUUGGCUUCUGCAAGGUGAUAGCGUGCCUCAUUGUUAUCGGCGGUGGGAUUUACGAAUUGGCCAUUGGCAACACGAAAAACCUCACAAGUGGCUUCCAGGGGACAACCACUAAUCCGGGAUUUAUUGCGCUCGCCUUUUACAAUGGCCUCUGGGCUUACGAUGGAUGGUCCAGCGUCACCACUGUCACCGAGGAGAUAAAGGCCCCAGAGAAGAACAUCCUGAGAUCCAUUGUCAUUGCUGUGCCAAUCAUCACGGGACUGUAUGUGUUCAUGAACAUGGCCUACAUGACUGUCCUUAGCGCUGAUGAGAUGAUGACUGCUCCAGCUGUCGCUGUGGCCUUUGGAGAUCGCGUCCUGGGUCCAUUUUCCUUCAUCAUUCCUCUAGGAGUGGCGCUUGCCACAUUUGGCUGUGCACUCAGCAUACAGUUUGGCGUGACUCGGCUGUGCUUCGUGGCCGGGCGAGAGGGACACAUGCUGAAGCCUCUCUCCUACAUCCACGUCCGGAGAUUCACUCCUGGACCCGCCGUUGCCAUGCAGGGAAUCAUCGCCUUCCUGUUCAUGUUGGUGGGCAAUAUUGGGGAGCUGAUUGAGUUCGCCUCAUUUCUCAUCUGGUUCUUCUACGGCUGUGCCACUGCGGCGCUCCUCAUUAUGCGCAAAACCCACGCCCACGUCCAUCGACCCUACAAAGUGCCACUGAUUCUGCCAUUCAUCACUCUCGCGGUCUCUGUCUUCCUGUCUGUGAUGCCAAUGAUUGCGGAUCCAUCCCUCAAGUACCUCUUCGCCGUGGGCUUCAUCCUGAGCGGCGUGGCGGUCUACGCGCCCUUCGUCUACUACAAGAAGAGACCGAAAAUAAUGGGGAAAUUCACGUUCCUAACCCAAGUGCUCUUCGAGGUUGUGCCAUCUGAAAGUGAAAGUGCCGAUUGAGAUUUAUAUUUGUAUCGUUAAGUUGUACAGCUAAGCUUUUUGUUAUAUAAAUUAAUUCGAGCGUUUGUUGUGGAGUUUCACUCGUAGUAAAUCACCCAUUCGACCCCCUUUUAUCAUCUUCACUCACUCGAAAUGCGGGUUGAAGUCGCAAAAUACAGGCACGAGACAGUGUGUAAAUAUUUAAGAAGGGCAGCUUUAUAGUUUGAAUGGGGUGAUUUAUGAAUGGCAGGGACCUCUCACUUAUUAUACGCGUUCCGACAGAUAUGAAGGAUAAAAAUCGAUGAGCGCUAAAUAUUGUAUCAACAGAAAUUGUGAUGAGU